AUGGCUUUAUUACUUGCCGCCACACCAUUCCUCAUUGCGGGGGCCUGGCGGGGCACGCAGAUGAUUCCCAACGAGGUCUACGGCGAGGGCCCUGCGCCCGCCUGCCCCCCGUUCCAAGGCAACUUUUCCAUCAACCAGUUCCAGUUGUACCCCGAAAAUGCCGACUUCGACCGUAGCACGUGCCUUCUCUACGUGUCAAACCUCUACAACGGCACGCUGGGCGUGUUCGACCCCUACAAGGACGCGCUGGUCGAGGUCGUCGAGUUCCCCGGCAUCUCCUACACCCCCGGCACCCACAUCUCCGGCAUCGACGUCAACAAGCGGACGGGCCUCAUCUCCAUCCUCGCCAACGCGGGAGCCGCCUUUGAGAAGCAGCCGCCGGGCUCCGACGUCUCGGGCGACAACACCGUCAUGCUCUAUAACCCCAAGUCGAAGGAAGUCAUCUACAGGGCCAACCUCACGGAAACCACCCACGGCCAGUACGGCGGUUUCGCGGACCUCGAGCAGGACCCCUUCGGCAACGUCUACGUCAACGGCAAGUUCCCGGGGAGCAUCCUGAAGGUAGACAAGUUCGACGGGUCGGCCCCGCCCAAGGUAUCGGAGUGGUUCCGCAGCCAGUCGCGGGAGACCUGCACCCCCGGGUUCGGAGGCAUGGCGGCGAAUGAGUGGACCCUCCUCACGCACGACAACAGCAACGGACAGCUCCUCAAGUUCGACCUGCGGGCCCCGAAGGGGACGCCCGUCGUCAUCCCGGUGACCCCCGAAUGCGCGUUCAAGGACUCCACCGCCAGCUAUCUGCCCCCCAAGUACAAGGGCACCGUCCUCCUGAUCGCGGGCGGCCCCGGCGUCAGGGUGCUGAGGAGCAAGGACGGCAAUUGGGACGCCGCAGAGUACCUCGGGACCGUGGAAAAGUGCCUGUUCGGCGUGCCGGAGAACCACUUGGCCACCGCGACGGUCCAGGUGGGCGACGGGCUGAACCUGGUUGUGCUGCCCAAGGGCGAUGAGCUGGUCCCCGGCACGCUGGCAGGGAACAGAACCGAGUUCCCGUUUUACGACAUCACAGAUCAUGUGGAGGCGUUGCUGUAG